AUGGCAAGCAAGGUAGUAGCCAAUGUUGCUGCAACUUUUUCAAAAUUUGAAGCAGCAUUAGUAAAUAUCAUAUUACAAAAAUUGCAACCAGGUUUUUGUAUAACUGUUUUAAAUUCUGAUAGACAAUCCACAAAUUUCUCAAUCAAAAACAUUUGGGACAAUGGGUUUUUGUGGGCAGUGCCAAAGCACAGACGUUCGUUGGAAAAACGCUUGAAUCGAAAAUUUGGAUGGCCUAAAUAUAAUUGGAAGCCAUUAGUCCCAAAAACUAAUUUGUUGAUGUGCAGAGCUUGUGGACACUACCACGAAUCCUUCACAAUUUGUGGUCAUUGCUAUGAAAAAGUAAAAGCAGAAACUCUAGAAAUUCAGAAAGCCAUGGAUCAACAACUAAAACUCGAUCCUGUCAAAGAUGAUAUUGUUGUCCUGUAUGAAGGUGAAGUCCAUGAAUCAACUCAGUUCUGGAAGAAUCAGCGUAUAGUCGAAGUCCCAAAGAAAAGACCGUCUUGGUUUCAACAAAAUUUGCUUGAAUCAACAACACAAAAAUUAUCAGACAGCAAAGAAAUAAAACCCAAUGAUUUAGCAUAA